AUGACAAAUUCACCACAACACGAAUUGGCUAAAUGGCUGGAGAAAUUGCUCAAGCAAGUCCAUAAACCAAUGGUCAGACACACUAUGAAAGACAGUUUCGAAGUAGUAAAGCUUUUGGACCAGAUCAAUGUGAAAGGGAAACACAUGGCUUCAUUUGAUUUCCAACCACUGUUUACGAAUGUUCCCAGAAGGGAGGUCAUACGUAUCAUCUGUGACCAUGUGGAGCAAAACCAACUGAAAAUCGGUAUACCAGUAUCAGUUCUGGUUAGACAAUUACUACUGUGCACAACAAACGUAUCGUUCUCCUUCCUUUGUCGGGCUUACAGACAAAUUGACAGUGUCCCAAUGGGAACUCCAUGGAGUCCCAUUCUGGCACAUGUAUUUAUGGCUCAUCUCGAGGAAAAGGCGAGCAAAAUCCUCCAACAUUCACAACCUUACAAACGAUACGUUGAUCAUGUUCUAGUCAUCACAAUAAGUCCAGAAGAGACAACAUGCAUUAGUGAUGAACUCGAUCGCCUGCAUCCGAAUAUACGAUUUACGAUGGAAGCAGAACGCGAAGAUACACUGCACUUCCUCGACAUUGAAAUGACUAGGAAGAAUGAUGGAACAAUCGCCAGAUCUGUUUACAGAGAAGAAACUUGGACAGGCCAAUGCUUGCAAUUUGACAGCUUUGUGUCUGUGGAAUAUGAACGUAGUCUGGUCCGAGCACUUUUUCAAACAGCUCGACAUAUCUGCACAGAAGACAUGAUUGACAACGAACUACGACAGCUGAAAGAAUCUUUGACUAGAAACGCUUAUCCCGAUGCAUUUAUCGAAAGGCACAGCAAGCCUAAAGUGAUCAGACAAACAAAUUGUUCAGCAGAAAAACUACUAGUCACCAUUUGUCUUGCAUUCAAACGUGAUGACAUCAAUUGCUUGCUCAAACGACCACUUGGAUCAGCGCUUGCCCGAACAUAUUAUGCAGCUGACCUCAGAAUUGUUCAUCGAACGAUUGAGAUCCCCACACCGUCGGUGAAACAACGUUCACCUCUGUACACCAAAUCGAAUCUGAUUUACUAA